ACAAGUGUGUUUUACAUGCUCUGUGCUGCAGUCGUGGUGGAAGCUAGUUCAUCAGCAUCGAAAUGGCGGAGACGGCAGAUGGAAUGGAGGUGUCCCAGGGAGAGAGCUCAGUUAAGCCUGCAGCAGAAGACAUGACCUCCAAGGACUACUACUUUGAUUCUUAUGCACACUUCGGUAUCCAUGAGGAGAUGCUGAAGGAUGAGGUUCGCACUCUAACAUACAGGAACUCCAUGUUCCAUAACAAGCAUCUUUUCAAGGAUAAGGUGGUGCUGGAUGUUGGAAGUGGAACUGGCAUCCUUUGUAUGUUUGCAGCCAAAGCAGGGGCAAAGAAAGUUAUUGGGAUUGAGUGCAGCAGUAUAUCAGACUAUGCUGUGAAAAUUGUGAAGGCCAACAAGUUAGAUCAUGUUGUUACCAUCAUUAAGGGCAAGGUGGAGGAGGUGGAGCUUCCCGUGGAACGUGUAGACAUUAUCAUAUCUGAGUGGAUGGGCUACUGUCUCUUCUAUGAGUCCAUGCUUAACACUGUCAUUUAUGCAAGGGACAAAUGGCUGAAACCUGAUGGUCUGAUUUUCCCUGACAGAGCUACGCUCUACGUCACUGCAAUUGAAGACAGACAGUACAAGGACUACAAAAUUCACUGGUGGGACAAUGUUUAUGGCUUUGACAUGUCCUGUAUCAAGGAAGUGGCCAUCAAGGAACCACUGGUGGAUGUUGUUGACCCCAAGCAACUUGUUAGUACUGCCUGCCUCAUUAAGGAGGUGGACAUCUACACAGUGAAGAUUGAGGACUUAUCCUUCACAUCACCAUUCUGCUUGCAGGUGAAGAGGAAUGACUACAUCCAUGCACUGGUCACUUACUUCAACAUAGAGUUCACUCGCUGCCACAAGAGGACUGGCUUCUCUACCAGCCCAGAGUCUCCUUACACUCACUGGAAGCAGACAGUGUUCUACCUUGAUGACUAUCUGACUGUAAAGACUGGAGAGGAGAUCUUUGGCACCAUCAGCAUGAAACCCAAUGUCAAGAAUAAUAGAGAUCUUGACUUUAAUGUCGACAUCGACUUCAAGGGUCAGCUUUGUGAGGUGUCCAAGACAUCAGAGUACCGAAUGCGCUAGAUUCCUUUAGCAUGUGUGUGAUUGAGUGAGAGAGAGAGAGGCAAACCUGAGAGCAGUGCAUGUUUGUGUGACCAUGUUCUCUUUGUUUUCAUGACAGCACGUGACAGACUUUUUUUAAAUUUUUUUAUUCUGUCUUGUGGUGUAUUGUCGGAUGAGUAUUUGUGAGUUCUUGACCAUUUUUUAAUGAAUGAUUUAGUUUCAUGUACUUCUAUGCCAGAGGGGACUCAACAUAGCAUUUUUUUUUAUUGUGCAAUAUAUAUAUUUUUUUUUUUGUACAAUUCCUUUUGGCCCAGUUUUUCAAAAUUUUAGGUGUACCAUUUAGCCUAUGAUCCCUAGGGUGCAAGCUUGCACACACAUGACUGCAUUCUUUUGCCUGUAUGUCUGUUGGAAGUCAGUCACUUUGGCUGAAUUGGAAGUGUAUAUGGCAACAUACCAUCCAUCUUCUGUGUUUUGUUUGUUUUUUUCUUACAUAAGAACAACAGUAGGAGUCUCCUGUGUGAGUUCCCCUACUAUGUCAAUGUGUCUGUGUUGGUUACUGUAAGAACUGUCAAUCAGCUAAUUUCACCUUAUAAAGGAGCUCUGCCCUGUGAUAAGUUAAAUGAGCCCAUGUUGGUUUGUAUUUCUGCUCUACUUUUGUGUCCGAUAUGAAGAGUAGAGGAUGUUGAGGCAGUUCUAUUAGACCAUCCGUAGAGGUGCCUCCCAUUCCAUUUUUGUCUUUGGAGGAAAGUUUUAAUUCAUCUAGUGUUAUCAUUUUAUAAUAUUUUUGUUAUACUUCUGUGGCAAUGACACGGAGGAUAAUAUUAUAUUAUGGAUGAGGCAACCUAGUAAUCUACUGUGUAACUCAUAUAUGGUGUUAAUGAGCAUUACUUUAGAUCUGUUUACCUUUUAAAUGUCACAUUGAAAAUUCAUCCAGUGAAUGACUUUGGUUUAGCUUAUCUGAUGCUUUUUUGCACUUAAAACAAGAUUCUCAGACCUAUAGUUUUAUUCAGCUAAGGAAAACUUCAGACUAAAUUCUUAAUUUGGGUUUUUAGUGAAUGAUUAUGCUUUUCCUGUGUUUGAGUAACUACAUUGGCCUUUAUUGUGACUUCAUUUCUCAUAAGUGUUGUGAAGUACUACAGUGUUUUGUCCAGGAGUGCGAGUUAUCACAUUUUGUUUAGCACUGGUGUGGGUUAUUAACAGACAGGCAUUUGUUCAUUAGGAAGUGUUUUUUUUUUUUUCCUUUUUUGAAAUAAAAACAAUUUGGAUCUUUACAUGGUAUGUUUUCAA